AUGGAUAAAUUAUAAACAGAAAUAUUGCUAGUUAACAAAGACAUAUAUAAUUAACUAUAUGAUACUAAAUCCUACACAAAAUUAGAUUAAUUAAAAAAAAUGAACAUAUAACCAUCUCCAAUACAUGUAGCAAAAGAUCUAUUGAGUGUUAGAGAAAACCCAUAAGAAUAUGUAAAAUAACAUAAAUUGGAUUUUAAGUUUAGAUAAACUUAAUUUUGGUAACCAUCAAUUAAGGACACUAUGUCAUAAUAAUAAACUAUUUAAUAAUAAUAAUCAGAAUAACAAUAAGAUUAAUAAUAAUUAGCAGAUACAACAAAUGCAAUAUCAUUUAUUGAGACUUCAAAAAAUGAAGAAUCUUAAAUGUAACAAUCAUCAUAAUCAACAAGAAGGAAAAUACUCUUCAAAUCUAGAUUAUCAAAAUAACCAAGUGAUUCAUCUAUAUGGAAAAAGCCUCUCAAAUAAAUUAAUAAAAUAGUUUUAUAAUUAAAACAAGAUAGCAAAGCUGAAUAUUAUGCAAUUAUAAAAUAUGAGGAUGCAAGUAAUUAACUUGAAUAAAAAUCAAUGGAUGCAAAUAAGAAAAUUUAAUGGGAUUGCUAAGUGAAAUUUGAGAUUACUGAUGAGCAAAAUUUAUAUAUCAUUAUUGUUCAAUAAUAAUAAGGAAAAAUAGGAUAGUAAAAUGUAUUAUAAUAAACAAUAAAUAUAUAAAAUGUUGAAAAAUAGUUCUAAUCAGAGGUAUAAUUAAAGUAUUUAAAAAACAUUAUCAAUGCUACUUUGUUAGUUGACUUUAAUUGA